GUCAAACAUGGACAUUUUGUGUAGGAAUGAAAUGUAAGCUCCCCAACAAGUUCCAUGUCACUUCCAAUUCAUCAAUAAACCCAUCAAACACACACAUUCUCACUACACACACACACAACUCCACUUCCAUUUCCCCCAAUUCACUAUCCCCUAACAAAAAAUGGAAAAUUCAAGCCAAGAAUCCCAUCUCCGAUCCGAAAACUCCGUCACAUACGACUCGUCCUACCCCAUCUACGCCCUCGCCUUUUCCUCCUUCACCUCUUCUCUUCCCAACCGCCGCCGCCACCUCGCCAUCGGCAGCUUUAUCGAAGAAUUCAACAACCGCGUCGACAUUCUCUCCUUCGACGAAGACAGCCAUACCCUUAAACCCAUUCCAAAUCUCUCUUUCGAUCACCCUUAUCCGCCCACGAAGCUCAUGUUCCAUCCGAAUCCUUCUGGGUCUCUCAAGUCGAACGACGUGCUAGCGUCCUCUGGUGAUUAUCUCCGGCUCUGGGAAGUUCGGGAGACUUCUGUAGAGCCGCUUUUCGCUUUUAAUAAUGCGAAGACGAGUGAGUAUUGUGCUCCGUUGACGUCUUUUGAUUGGAAUGAAGUGGAGCCUAGAAGAAUUGGGACUUCGAGUAUUGAUACUACGUGUACAAUUUGGGAUGUUGAGAAAGGGGCUGUGGAGACACAGUUGAUUGCCCAUGAUAAAGAGGUUUAUGAUAUUGCUUGGGGUGAAGCUGGGGUUUUUGCUUCGGUUAGUGCGGAUGGAUCGGUUAGGAUUUUCGAUUUGAGGGAUAAGGAGCAUUCGACGAUUAUUUAUGAGAGUCCACAACCGGAUACUCCGUUGUUGAGAUUGGCGUGGAACAAGCAAGAUUUGAGGUAUAUGGCUACUAUAUUGAUGGAUAGUAAUAAGGUUGUGAUUUUGGAUAUUAGGUCUCCGGCAAUGCCUGUGGCAGAGUUGGAAAGGCAUCAAGCGAGUGUGAAUGCGAUUGCUUGGGCUCCGCAGAGUUGUAGACAUAUUUGUUCUGCUGGUGAUGAUGGGCAGGCGCUUAUUUGGGAGUUGCCUACUGUUGCAGGGCCUAAUGGGAUUGAUCCUAUGUCAAUGUACUCUGCUGGAGCUGAGAUUAAUCAAAUUCAGUGGUCUGCUGCGCAGCGUGAUUGGAUUGCCAUUGCCUUUUCCAACAAGUUGCAGCUGCUUAAAGUAUAAGGCGAUUGGCUGAUUGAAUUUUUCGUUGUGUAGGUUCAGUGAUUGCAGGAAAACCUUCAACUACAGGAGGAAGUGUAACUUGAUGAGUUCCUCGCAAUUCUGCAGUGUAGGAGCUAUACGUUUGGAUAUUAGUUUGUGCAGUAGCAUCUCUUAUAAUCUUAGGUAACUGUCUGGAUUGAAAAUUUCAACUUUGUCUGGUGCAGUAUACUGAUUCAUCUUCAUUUUAGCCAUCCUGGAUCAUAUUAAUGUUUGAUAGAUUCGAUUGUUGCUUGCUAAGAUUGUAUUUGUUCUACAUGGAGCUUCUGUGGAAAAAUCUUUUCUUUAUGUAGAAUUCGGCUUUUCAUCUGUUGAAAGAAAUGGAUUAUAAUUGGUGGGAAAGAUAUAAAUUAGAUGCAUGAUUAUUUUUUAGUUUGAAGGAUAGAUACAUGAUUUGUUUUUAGUUUGAAGGCCCAACCUGGAAAUUGGUGGCUUCGUUUAGAGUUUUGUCUUGGCAAUUCUUUUUUUCUUUUUACUUAAUAAGCGUAACAGUUUAGUUUACUUUCUUUUCGAGUUGAUCUCUCUCCUGGUUUCAUUAUCAAAUCUCAAAGAGGAUUCCUGAUGUGUAGCUCACAGAGGUUUUGGAUACCACACAGCCAAGCGUUAGAGCUCCAGUGUAGCUAGGUUGAUCAAAGCCCUUAAUGUUGUGCCUUGCCUCUUUGAGAAACAUCGUCUUCAAACAUUUUUUAUGUCUUUUCUAUCAGUUGCGGUAAACACAAAAUCAGAUGAAAUACGAUUCAGUGGUAAAAUUGAACUGCCAUGUUGAUUGAAGAUUAUACAUGCAGACUGACUGAAUUCCCAUUUCUUGACAUGCAAUGAAGGUAGAUUGGAGAUGAGCAAUCUUGUAAAGUUUCUUUGAAUGUAAAACAAGUGUCAUUCUUUGCUGUUAUGACUUCUCUGUAAUUCAUUUAACAGUUUAUUUUAGAACAGAGCCAUAAAUCUGCUGCUACAGAUUUAAUUUUUCUUGCAGAAUCAAUAAAACUAUUAUACAGCAUAAUGACAUUAUAUAGAUAGUAGUAACAUUUAUUUGUGGAAAACUA